UUUGAUUUCUCCAGAGCAUUUUACUUUGUUCAGGUCUGGCUGGCCAAACCCUGAUUUGUCUCUGGAUCAAUGACUGGAUCCAGAGAGACAAUGGAUCAAUGACCGGACCAUCUGGAUCAAUGACUACCUGACAAACAGACCAUAGUUUGUAAGACUAAAUUGCUGUCUAGAGGCAGAUGGUCAGCAGCACAGGAGCACCAAAGGGGCAUGUUCUUUCAUCAUUUCAUUUCACUCUCUACACUUCAAAACAGAGCAAGUCAGAGUCAUUUUAUAUGCAGAAAUACUCAGAUGGUUCUGCAGGCUGGUUCACUGCUUUGUGACAUGGUGUAGCAAUCAUCUCAUUUUCAAUUUAAACAAAAACAGAGGAGAUGAUUGUAGAUUUCAAAACAAACAAGGUUUAGUAAAACACACUUUCCAUCAUGGGAGAAAAGGGGGAGGUGAUGAAGGAGCAUAAAUACUUCAGUGUUCACCUGGACAACAGACUGGACCGGAGAGUCAACAUCAUGUCUACAAGAUGGGACAGAGCAGACUGGACACUUUGAUUAAGCUUGGAUCUUUCAAAGUUUGCAGCAAGCUGUUGCAGAUUUCUAUAGGUCUGUUGUGGGGAGUGUAAUCUCUUCUGCCAUCAUGUGUUGGGGCAGCAGCAUCAGAUCGGGCAUUUUACAAAACCUAAACAGAGUGAUGAACAAGGCUGGUUCUGUUCAGUGGCUUCUGUGGAACCUCUGGAAGUAAUGGUGGAGAUGAAGGAUUGUCCCGAAAAAAUCACAAUAUUUAUGGACAGCCCUGCACAUCCUCUUCAUGAGACUGCUUUAGAAUGACAGGUUGCCGUACUACUGUUAGUAUUGGACAAUAAUCAAAAUGGUUUGUUAGCUUACCGAUGGUAUUUAAAUAAUUUUAUUUGUUUAAAUUGAAGCUAAAAUUUGGUCAAGAGAAACACAAGCCUUCUGAUGUGAAGUGAACUGUUCACCACUCCCCUUUCUAAUAAAUCCCCCUGCAUAAGAAGCGGCCAAACUGAGACAUGGUUGUACGCAGAAUGGAGAACUUCAUGCAGGUAACAGUUAUACUUCUCUGCAGCCACAGUUGGAUCUGUGAGUCUCUAACUGUGGACGUCCAUCCUGGUGAGGACAUCACUCUGUUCUGCUCCAACAUUUCUCCAUCUCCAACCCAGACAGACUGGUUCAGAGUGGUUCAUGGAACCAAACCCAGCUGCAUCUCCUCCAUGUACGGUGCUGAAGGCGAACCUUCAUACUGCGAUGGAUUCCACCGUGAAAAAUUUAUCAUGAGUUCCAACAAGACAACUUUCUUUCUUCAAAUCAAACAAGUGGACCUGAUGGACUCUGGGUUGUAUUUCUGUGGAUUUUAUGUAAAGAAACAUACAGUUAUUGGCAGAGCAACAGAGUUAAUCAUUAAAGCUAACAGAGACUCCAAAGACGAGGGGGAUUCUGAUAAUACAAAAGAAGCGGACCAACUGAUGGACCUGAUGCCUGGGAUUUUAGGUUCUCUGACUGCUCUUCUCUUUGUAGCAGUCGUUGUUCUGGCUGUUAAAAACAGGAGACUUGAGAGAGCUUCAAGGCAGCAAAAAGAAAGAAACGAGAAUGUGGAUCCAGACGAUUUGAACUAUGCAGCUCUGAGUUUCCAAGCAAAGGCCAAAAAGAGCCACAGGUCUGGACCUCAGAGGGACCUGGAGCCACAUGUUGUGUACGCUGCCACCCGAUAGACUCAGGAAGCAACAGGAACUGCAACGGAAAAUGAAACUCAGAUUGUAUCACAUUAAUUUACUGAUCUUUUGAACCCUUCAAUGCAUCUGCAUGUAACACGAGUGCAUAGUAAAAAUAAAGAAAGAAUUAUAA